AUGGAUGUAUCAAGCACUGUUGCAGAAGAGAGCCCAGUGCUACAACAAACAUCGUCUGUAAUCCAGAUGGACGCUCCAAGCGGUGUAGCAGAAGAAAGCUCAUCGAUGCUUCAAACAUCGACUGCAAUCCAAAUGGUUACUUCAAGCAGUGUAGCAGAAGAAAGCUCAGCGCUACAUCAAAUAUCGUCUGCAAACCAAAUGGACGCUUCAAGCAGUGUUGCUGGAGAAAGUUCAGUGAUACAUCAAACAUCGUCUGCAAUCCAAAUGGACACUUCAAGCAGUGUUGUUGGAGAAAGUUCAGCGUUACUUCCAACAUCGACUGCAAUCCAAAUGGACACUUCAAGCAGUGUUCCUGGAGAAAGUUCAGUGAUACAUCAAACAUCGUCUGCAAUCCAAAUGGACACUUCAAGCAGUGUUGUUGGAGAAAGUUCAGCGUUACUUCCAACAUCGACUGCAAUCCAAAUAGACGCUUCAAGCAGUGUAGCAGAAGAAAGCUCAGCGCUACAUCAAACAUCGUCUGCAAUCCAAAUGGACACUUCAAGCAGUGUAGCUGAAGAAAGCUCAGUGAUACAUCAAACAUCGACUGGAAUCCAAAUGGACACUUCAAGCAGUGUUGUUGGAGAAAGUUCAGCGUUACUUCAAACAUCGACUGCAAUCCAAAUGGACACUUCAAGCAGUGUUCCUGGAGAAAGUUCAGUGAUACAUCAAACAUCGUCUGCAAUCCAAAUGGACACUUCAAGCAGUGUUGUUGGAGAAAGUUCAGCGUUACUUCCAACAUCGACUGCAAUCCAAAUGGACACUUCAAGCAGUGUAGCAGAAGAAAGCUCAGCGCUACAUCAAACAUCGUCUGCAAUCCAAAUGGACACUUCAAGCAGUGUAGCUGAAGAAAGCUCAGUGAUACUUCAAACAUCGACUGCAAUCCAAAUAGACGCUUCAAGCAGUGUAGCUAGAGGAAGCUCAGCGAUACAUCAAACAUCGUCUGCAAUCCAAAUGGACACUUCAAGCAGUGUUGCUGGAGAAAGUUCAGCGUUACUUCAAACAUCGACUGCAAUCCAAAUGGAUGCUUCAAGCAGUGUAGCUGAAGAAAGCUCAGUGAUACAUCAAACAUCGACUGCAAUCCAAAUAGACGCUUCAAGCAGUGUAGCUGAAGAAAGUUCAGCGCUACAUCAAACAUCGUCUGCAAUCCAAAUGGACACUUCAAGCAGUGUAGCUGAAGAAAGCUCAGUGAUACUUCAAACAUCGACUGCAAUCCAAAUGGACACUUCAAGCAGUGUAGCUGAAGAAAGCUCAGUGAUACAUCAAACAUCGUCUGCAAUCCAAAUGGACGCUUCAAGCAGUGUAGCUGGAGAAAGCUCAGUGAUAUAUCAACCAUCGUCUGCAAUCCAAUUGGACACCUCAAGCAGUGUUCCAGAAGAGAGUUCAAUGCUACUUCAAACAUCGUCUGCAAUCCAAAUGGAUGCUUCAAGCAGUGUUGCUGGAGAAAGUUCAGUGCUACUUUCAACAUCGACUGCAAUCCAGAUGGUCGCUUCAAGCAGUGUUCCAGAAGAGAGUUCAGUGCUACUUCCAACAUCGACUGCAAUCCAAAUUGAUGCUUCAACCAGUUUAGCUGAGGAAAGCUCUGUGAUACAUCAAACAUCGUCUGUAAUCCAAAUGGACACUUCAAGCAGUGUAGCUGGAGAAAGCUCAGUGAUAUAUCAACCAUCCUCUGCAAUCCAAUUGGACACCUCAAGUAGUGUUCCAGAAGAGAGUUCAAUGCUACUUCAAACAUCGUCUGCAAUUCAAUUGGACGCCUCAAGCAGUGUUCCAGAAGAGAGUUCAAUGCUACUUUCAACAUCGUCUGCAAUCCAAAUGGAUGCUUCAAGCAGUGUUGCUGGAGAAAGUUCAGUGCUACUUCAAACAUCGACUGCAAUCCAAAUGGAUGCUUCAAGCAGUGUUCCAGAAGAGAGUUCAAUGCUACUUCAAACAUCGUCUGCAAUCCAAAUGGAUGCUUCAAGCAGUGUUGCUGGAGAAAGUUCAGUGCUACUUUCAACAUCGACUGCAAUCCAAAUGGACGCCUCAAGCAGUGUUCCAGAAGAGAGUUCAGUGCUACUUCCAACAUCGUCUGCAAUCCAAAUGGAUGCUUCAAGCAGUGUAGCUGAAGAAAGUUCAGCGCUUCAUCAAACAUCGACUGCAAUCCAAUUGGAUGCUUCAAUCAGUGUAGCAGAAGAAAGUUCAAUGCUACUUCAAGCAUCGACUGCAAUCCAAAUGGAUGCUUCAAGCAGUGUUCCAGAAGAAAGUUCAGCGCUACUUUCAACAUCGACUGCAAUCCAAAUGGACGCUUCAAGCAGUGCUUUAGAAGAGAGUUCAGUGCUUUAUCAAAUAGGAAACAUUUCAAGCAGUGACUUGGUUUUACAUAUGCAAAUGUCAAGCACUACGUCUGGUAUAGACGGUGAUUCAACCAUCGGGAUCACCAGAUCAUCCCAAACAUUGGCCUUACCUGUUUUAGUCAGUAUCACGGCUUCAUCUGUAUCUGAUUAUCUAGCAACAGCCUCUACGACAACUACCAUCAGUAAGAGCAACAGCCUCGAAGCUUCACCAGCAGAAUACACAGAGGUCACGUCGUCUUCAAUGACGAGUAUAUCAGCUCCAUCGGUUGCAGCAACAGAACGUUUCAGCGUGGGAACAGUGACAUCAGUAACAAGUCAAAGCUUGUCCUCGUGGGCAGAGUUGUCAUUAGAGUCGACAUCAUACAGCCCUUCAAAUACAGAAGCCGUGUCAACAACGGACUCGAUUCAGUCGUCAAUGUCUCUGCAGAUGUCGCAACUGCAGAUGUCAACAUCGUCAACACCCAUUACUGUGCUGACGUGCAGUGACGUCGGUGUCAACGCGUCCUCUUGCAUGCUGUCUACGCUUACAGAGACAUCGUCGAUGGCGCUGGACCAAGGAAUGACGGUGUCGCCUUACAGUACAGAAAGUGUCAGGUCAUCUUACAUAGAGAUAGACGAGUGCCAGAGCAGCCCGUGCCCAGUCCACUCCACGUGUAUAGAUCUGAUCGGGACACACAGGUGCGAGUGCAACAUCGGCUACAUAAUGUCGGGGGAGAUCUGCACAGAUAUCAAUGAGUGCUUGGUUAAUCCAUGUCCUGAGUUCUCUACCUGUGAGAACACCGUGGGAAGUUAUACUUGUGACUGUGUACAAGGGUAUGUCAAAGAUGGCGAUAAAUGCAGUGACUUUGACGAGUGUGACGCUGACCCUUGCCCCAGCAACUCUGACUGUACCAACACCCCCGGCAACUACACAUGCACCUGCAGGAGCGGCUUCCUCGACGUCGGUGACAUCUGUCAGGAUAUGAACGAAUGUGACAGUAUGCCGUGCCAACAGGACGCCGACUGUAUCAACACCCAGGGCAGCUACUACUGCGUGUGCAAGCCAGGUUUCGUGGAUGACGGUGCUGUUUGUAAAGAUACCAACGAGUGUGUGGUUGACAAGUGCCCAUCCCAUUCAACAUGUGUGAAUACACCCGGAAGCUAUAACUGCACAUGCCUAGACGGGUACUUUAAAAAGGAUGACCUAUGUUUAGACGUCAACGAAUGUGUCGACUCCCCGUGCGCUGCCGGCGCUGACUGCACCAACACCGACGGCAACUACACAUGCGCAUGUCCACCAGGAUACAGCGUUGUCGACAACACCUGCACAGACAUUGACGAAUGUGACACAGUCGUCUGUCCUCCGCAUACGAGCUGCAAUAACACCAUUGGAGCUUACAGUUGUCCUUGUCUGGUCGGAUUCCAGGAUCUGGGCGGUGCCUGUAUAGACCAAAAUGAAUGCCUUCAGGACCCAUGUACCGACAAUGCAGACUGUACGAAUAUUAUCGGAAGUUACGAGUGUGCUUGCAAAACUGGCUUCCAGAAUAACAGUGGUCUUUGCCAAGAUGUGAACGAGUGUUCUGGAGACAACCCCUGCCCCAAGAACACUCUAUGUGAGAACAACCCUGGGAGCUACAACUGCCCCUGCAGGAACGGCUUCGCGAUGUCACUGGGUGUGUGUGAAGACAUCAACGAGUGUUCUUCAUUUCCGUGCCCCACCCGCUCCACCUGCCACAACUCUCUCGGCAGUUUCUCCUGUGAGUGCCACGCUGGAUUCUACCAGAAAUCCCCACUGGAAUGUGUUGACAGCAAAGUGUUCAACAGCUCUGUUCGGCUCCUGGAGAUAGGGGGACAUCCAGCCGUCUACAGCAGCGUCUACGACGAUAUGAACUCGCCGGAGUCGCAAGAACUGUCCGCUAACUUCAGCCGCACUCUGUCGGACUGCCUCAACCAGACACUUGGCGUUCUGCUGUACGGCACCGUAGUCCACCAGUUUACAGAGGGAAGCGUCGUUGUGAACGCCACCAUUUACGUGGACCACAGUUACAACGGUGGUCCAGAGGAACUAACCACGAUGGUGCAAAAUAAUACCGAUGCUUUCAACAACAACGGGUUGGUCGUCAGCCAGUCUGAUACAUAUAUCACAGACGUGGACGAAUGCUCUGUCUCGACGCUGAACGACUGCGCGCCUGAGGCCGUAUGCCUCAACGACAUUGGAACGUACAACUGCACAUGCCGGCCAGAGUUCGUCGACUACUCCGCCGACCGGCCUGGACGCAAUUGUCUAGCUAUCGACGAAACCAACCAGGAUGCGGUCGGGGGCGUAACCGUUGCUACAGAUAAACACUACUACAAGGCAAGAGAGAGUGUCGUAGUCACCAUCAAGCUUCAGAGAGGGUCGCAUGUCAACUACACGCUCAGCUACGGUGAUGGCGUAGUGGAAACGAAGAGCGAUCCCCAGCUCCUGGCUUUCUUAAGCCCCAGUAACUUCACCCACAAUUACAUCCUCGCGAACACAUACAACGUGACGGUGACGUCAGCAAACGACGUCAGUUCCAUCAACUCUACAGUUCAGAUCAGUGUUGAAGAUGAAAUACGGCAACUCAAGAUUGACAUUCAAAAUGGCGCUACUGAAUUUGAAAGGGAUUUCAUUCUGUCAGUUUCAAAUGAUAAUUUGAUAUUGGAGUAUAUGCUCUGCGUAUUUAAUUAUGGAGAUGGAACCAUCAACACAACCACUAUCAACAUCCUGUCCAAAGUGAAAACCGUCAGAUAUACCCACGCUUAUCAACUAGGAGAUUUCAUAGUUGCGGUGAAUUGUUCAAACCACGUGUCGUCGUCAGUGACGUCACUUCCUUUCUUCGUUGAAGAAGCGAUAAGCGAUGUAAAUAUAACUACCAACAAGGGUGUGAUACUUCCCGGAGAGACGUUCGACCUGUCAAUCGGUAUAGGAAAGGGAUCAAAUAUAUCUCUUAUUCUUGAUUUCGGGGACAACAGGAACAGGACGCUGCACCUUGGCAACAUGAUGCCUGGAGCGUCCACCCAAUUCGUGACCCACUCGUAUCCGAAAUCAGGGUCCUUCACACCCAGAGUUAAAGUAAGCAACAGAGGGACGCAAAUCGAACAAUCACUAAUCGGUUCCAUCGAGGUCCAGAACAAGGUGAAGGAUCUGACUAUUGAGACUCAGAGUCCUGUAGGAGUCCCUCCUGGCGAGAUAGACAUCGUCAUCAAAUAUCCAUCAGAUGACUCACCUCCGUCCUUCGUCACUUGUAAAACAGACCUUCCCAACGUAACAAAUGAAGACCACUCAGCGGACUCUAUAAGUGUAGAUACUCCCCUGUCCUUCACAGUGUUGUGGACGAGUGUCUUUGAUGUUGGACGAGUGCCUUUCUCUGUAAAUUGUUCCAACUUGCUGAGUUACCAGGUCCUGCAGUCUGAGGUGUUAAUUCAGAAAGCCAUCAUUGGUUUCUUUGCCAAUACAAGCAGUCUCUUCAUACCUAUCGGUGGCCAAGUGGAAUUCAUGCUGUAUGUGGAAUCGGGGAGUCAUAUCAACUAUAUGUUCAAUUUCGACGACAACAACACGGCGACGGGUGACUUCCAGGACUUGAUCGUUUCUAGGAAAUCAGUUAAAGGGUUAACAGCCUACAAUUCUAAAGGGAUUUAUGAUACCAGCGUGACGGUGUUUAACGAAGUGUCCAAUAACGUAACGGAAUUCAGAAUUGGUGUUCUGGAAGAAGUCAAAGGGUUAACAGCAACUGCAUUUUAUCGAAAACUGGACACGUCUGAUGCUCUGACUCCAGGUCAUGGGUUGGACCUCGAUGUGUUCCCCCUUGAACGUCCAGUGAUAAUCAAUACAACAGUACGGUCGGGAAAUGACAUCACAUAUAUCUGGGACUUCGGAGAUGGGAUAAUAGAGAGGACUUCCGCCAGAAUACACAGUCACACCUAUAUGACUUCCGGUACAUAUGCCGUGAGUGUGAACGCAACAAAUGCCUUGUUCUACGACGCCGUUAAGUUGAGUAUCACUACAAAACAGACCAUCCUGUUCAACACACUAGUAAACGACGGUCCUUCUGAUGCUUAUAAAAAUAUCACAAUCACAGCAAACCUCGCACGGCCGGGAUCAGAGUCGUGCUUUGUCUUCGACAUGGGUGAUUCCACCACCCCUGUUCUUUAUGGCGAGAGUCCCUGUUCAACAAACCCUGACUAUGAUGGGUACAAAUACUACGCCUGGUCACCCACAACGCUCCUGUACCACACGCACACGUACACCAGCAAUGAGACGUUUUAUGUUACCCUGAACGGCACGAACAUCGUGUCCGAAGCUUCAAUCCACACAUCGGCGGUUAUAAGUGGUGUGAGUUGUCACUACCCAAUAGUACACAUUGUAGGCGGAGGGCAGCAGAUAGACGAGCCUGUGACCAGACUCCGAUCUGACUGGUUGGUUUUCGAGAGCAGAGUGGACCUCGACUGUGAGAUCACUAACGAAGCCGAAUAUAACUGGACUAUCUUUAAAGUAACAACUGGGGAGAACUUCCUGGAUUUCAUCUUCGACCCCUAUCCAGCCCAGUCGGAGUCUGCAGGGCUGUUUAAAAUCCUAUUUCGUCCAAGAGCUUUUGAACCGGGUGAUUACAAAAUAAGCUUGAACGUUUCAAUGGCAAGGAUUUCCGGCUUGUUUCAUUCCGAUUUCACGUAUUUACGAAUCCUCCCGACUGACAUCGUGGCUCGUAUUAAAGGAGGAACUGGACGAGCUGUUGGGUAUGACAGCACCCUGGAACUGAACGCGAUAGAAGAAAGCUAUGACCCUGACGAAGAAGACGGCUCCUCCAAGGCCCACUUCACGUAUGUCUGGUGGUGUAGGAAGGAGGGCGAGUCCUUCGAGGAUGCUGUUGAUGGCGUCGUCGAGAUUCCCCAGAACAUAUCUGGUAUCUUCCCAAACGCAUCCACUGGGUGUUUUGGCACCGGCAUUGGGAAGCUUCCGUGGACGGAAGGAAUUGUUUCCUUCAACACACGACAGCUUGAGUUUGACACAACGAAUAUUUUCCGGGUGGAGGUCACAGUGGGUAAUAGAAAAGCCAGUUUUGAACAAGCUAUUACAAUCGUUGAGGGCGACCCACGGGAGUUUCAGCUGACCUGUGUUGUGAACUGCAAGUCCAAGGUCAACCCAUCUGGCGAGUUCAGCUUGACCAGCCAGUGCGUGAAGUGUCACCCGCUGGACACUGUCUAUUACAACUGGACGCUUCUGUUAUACAACGACACCGCCGGUGGCUACUUGACCGUGGACGACCUGGACUCGAUGAUCUCUACUGGGGCGCACUCUUCCAGUGUCCAGUUCUACGCUAGGGGUCUCAUCGGGGGCAUGAAGUACCGACUCAGGCUUGAUGCCAACCUCCACGGCUACGCCCCCAGCUUCACAGAAUACGACUUCAUCACCAACGAACCACCGUACGGUGGAACGUGUGUGAUCGUUUCUGGGGAGGCACAUUCUCUGGGACUGAAGUUGAUUAUCCAGUGCCAGGGCUGGAUUAACCCGGGGGAGGAGGCGUUGGGGGCGGGGCUGCUGUACCGGUUCCUGGUGUACGCCCGGGGGAGGGGCGACGUGCAGCUGCUGUAUUAUGGCACAGAUCCCUACACCCAAUCCCAGAUCCCCAUAGGAGAGGAGACCCAGGACUACAUGUUCGACAUCGUUGUGAGGGUGGCCAACCCAAUAGGAGAGUUUGUUGAGAUCAAGCUGGAGACCCAGGUGAAGCCCCCAGAGGUGAAGGAGAACGUGGAGACCUACUUGAAUCUCACUUCCGGUUCCUCCAGCACACUCUCGUCACUUCUCGCCACAGGCCGCGAGCAGGAGGCCAAACAGUUGAUAGUAGCAGUUGCCUCCCUUAUCAAUGAGGACAGCGCCAAGCAGGAGGCAUCCGUUUCGACCGGAGAUACGACUACAGCGCUCCCAGGAGCAUCUCCCACGGCAUCAACUGAGGCAGAGGAAGAGUUAAAGCAACAGAAACAGAAGAGAGUUGAGCUGCGGACGGAGGUGGUGAAGACCCUGGCGACCACAGAUGCCUUGACCCUGGACUCUCUGCAGCAGACGGCCAUGGCAUUUAGGGUGAUAACCCAUCAGACCACGGAACUGUCAGAGGAAGCUCAGGAUAUGACUGUGACGACGAUGUCAACGAUGGCAAACACGUUCCAGUUGAUGGUUGAAGAGGAAAGACCACAGUCGGUUGAGCAGGAGCUGAAGGCUGCGGAAGACAUCGUUGCUGCCCUUGGUAACAUCAUCUUGGCAGCCCGCACUGAGGCCUCCGGAAGUGACACCAAUGACACUUCACCUACAGAUCCAUCACCAACCCAAGGGUCCUCCACAUCAGCUUGGCAAGCCGAUUCUGAAUCUCAAGCCAAGGCUCGUGAAGUUACUAAACUGGCUCUGGAAGUAGCAGAUUCAGUGGUGAAAACUAUACUGAAGAAACAAGUCCCCGGAGCGCCACCUGUCGUCAUGAAGAAUCAGAUGUUUACAGUGGUUGCUGAGAGAAAGGAGACGUCCAAGUUAGGCAACUCUGUUUUAUCUGCAGACGAAGGAUCCUUCAAGUUGCCAUCUUCAAGGGACAUAGUAACUGAGAAUGUGACGAGCCACAUUAUAGAUACUAAGUUCGUCACCUCCCAGUUAAAUCCAUACGUCUGGGACAACAGCGCCGACAGCGUCAACUCUCCCAUCCUCACAAUGAAUCUAUACGACUCUGGCGGCGACGAGGUGAAGGUCAACAACUUAGGCUCCAACAUCAUCAUUGACAUAGGCGCUGUAGGUAACGACAGCAACAAAGUGGUCGUACAUCCGGUCCUGACCGGAAAUGAGACAAUGGUUUACCAUACCUGGAGCGUGUCGGGAAAUAACAGCGAGAACCUCAGGAUAACAGUGAUACCCCAGGCUGCAAACGUCACGCUUGAGUUGUACAUUAGAAAUGGAACAUUUCCUACGGAGAGUGAGUUUGACCUCUUCUACCAGGUCCCUCGUGACGUGAACGCUACCGAGCUUGGUGACCCCGCCCUCGAAGAAGAGUUAAGCUACACCAUCUUUGUCACCGGAGAAGAACAGGCAACGAUGGGAAAUGGAACUUUUUACAUUGGAGUCAAAGAACAAGUAAACAUCUCAACCACGGAACCUGACUACAGCGACUACUACGACUACGGCAACAACGAUGACGAUGACGUGAAAGUUAUGACCAACUACUCCAUCAGCUUCAGUACGUCGGCCUGUCGGUUCUGGAGGGAGGCCGAAGACAAGUGGAUCACAGAUGGUUGUCAGGUCAGCGAACUUUCCAACUCCCGCUUCACGAGGUGUCUUUGCAACCAUCUGACGGCAUUCGCCAGUGGCGUCUUCACUCCUCCUAACUCCAUCAACUUCAACACCGUCUUCAACAACCUCGGCGCUAAGUUACUUGACAACAACGCCGUCCUCAUAACCCUGUGUGUCAUCUUUUUCCUCUACAUCGUCUGCGUCAUCUGGGCCAGAAGGAAGGACAAGCGGGAUGUGGAGCGGUGGGGCGUGGCUCCUCUAGCUGACAACGUGCUGGCCGACAAGUAUUUCUACCAGAUCACCGUCUUCACGGGCAUGCGCUCUGGGGCGGGUACAAGGUCACGUGUCAGCUUUGUUCUGUCUGGGGAUGACGCCGACACCGGCGUGAGGGACAUGGCCGACGAGAAAGGAGCGAAGGUGUUCAACCGCGGGAGUGUUAACCAGUUUGUGAUGGGUGUGAGUGAAUGCCUCGGCCCUUUGUCCUACCUCCGAGUCUGGCACGACAACUCUGGCAAAGGGAAACAACAAAGCUGGUAUCUCAGUAAGGUCGUCGUGUCCGACCUGCAGACAGGGGAGAGUUUCUUCUUUCUGUGCAACCGGUGGCUGGCUGUUGAAGAGGAUGACGGUAUGAUUGACAGGAUGAUGCCCGUGGCCGGCACCGGGGACGUCCUCACAUUCAAUCACCUCUUCUUCUCCAACACCAAGAAGAGCCUUACUGACUCGCAUCUCUGGAUCUCGGUCUUUGCCCGACCUCAGAGAAGCAACUUCACCCGAGUACAACGUGUCUCCUGCAUCCUGUCCCUCCUAGCAACCACCAUGCUGGCUGACGCCAUGUUUUAUAAAGCCGAAAGCAAACACGAUGCGGCCUACUCUUUCACUUUAGGACCUCUGAAAUUCUCCCUCAAUGAACUCUACGUCAGCUUCGUCAGCAGCCUCGUCGUGCUGCCUGUGAACAUCCUCAUUGAUCAGAUAUUCAGACGAUGCAAGACCAGGACGACUACCAAGGUGGACAACGGUUUCCUCCAGAAGAACCUGAAGAUCAACACACUCCGUCCAUCAACCUCAGCGUCUACUUGUCCUGACCCCAUCAGAACAGUUUACGAUGGCACACUCUCCCCCGACCCUGCCACGCCCAGCCCGACCCCAGGAAAGUCCUCCAACCCUCUGAUCACGUCUUACACACAGAGUUCAGGGGAUAUAACACUGAAGACUAACAGGAAGAUCAAGAAGCUGAAAGCCAAGCCUAAUCGUAAGAAGAAGAAGUACUUCCCCUGGUGGACCAGGUAUAUAGCGUGGCUGCUCGUGUUCAUCAGUACUGGAGUGUCCGCCUUCUUUACCUUCUUGUACAGCAUGGAGUGGGGGAAGGUGAAGUCGAACGCUUGGCUGUCGUCCAUGUUGCUGUCAGUGGGGCAGUCUGUGCUGUUGUUGCAGCCAAUUAAGAUCAUUGUCGUGGCGGUGAUAGUCGCGUGGGUUGUCAAGAAGCCCGAACUGGACGACCUUCCAGAAGAUGAAGACCCGAACGCUGUCCAGCCUCAGCAGGACGAGGAGGUCACGCACGAGAUGCCACCCGAGUCAGUGACCCGGCCGAAGAUGCCAGUUCCUCAGCUUGACCAGGAAGCCCUCCAGGCCGCUCGGACGAAGCGCUUGAGGGAGAUUGAGAUGAUGGCUAUUAUCAAGGAGGUCGUCGCCUACGUCCUCUACCUCACCAUCCUCUUCAUGGUGUCCGUCCACAACAGGGACCCCAAUUCCUUCCUCAUCAAGGACAAUCUCCUCAACAUGAUCGCGGGGACGUCCGCAUUCACCAAGGUCAGCACCGGUAACGACUUUUGGAACUGGACCCGCCAUUACCUUCUGCCAAACCUAUACGCCAACAAACACUUUGGGGUCCCUCUGGAGGAGAGAGGCCAGCGCUUUGUGUCCAACAUGGUGGCUUACAGGGUUGGGCCUCUCAGGUUCAGGCAGCACAGAGUCGUCACAGGCCAGUGCCACACACCUCCAGACCUUCCGAAGAACUUCGCCAAAUGUAGCCAUGCUUGGUCCUGGGAGAGACAGGACACCAAACUCUACCUGGAAGGAUGGCAGAGGUUGGCGACGAACGUCACCCCCAUCACCCCGCUUAACUACCCCUGGGGCUACAAGACCUUCAGCAAGACUAACGGAAUCCCGCACGUCGGCAAGGUCGGGGUGUACCCAGCUGGAGGGUACGUCGCUGAUCUCAUCGGGAGCGAGACGCGUGUCAGUAAGAUGGUCGACACCCUGAAAGAGAAAGAGUGGAUCGACAAAUACACGAGGGUGGUGUUUGCCGAGUUCACGGUGUAUAAUCCUAACGUGAACAUGUUUGCUAUGAUCAUGGCGACGAUGGAGAUAAUGUCGACGGGGUCGUCGGCGGUGGACGUGAUAGUGAGGCCGUUCCGACUCUUCUCCUACCUGGGGGGCUACGGUGUCGUAGUAGCGGUCUGUGAUGCUCUGUCUUUGGUCUUCAUCGUUUACUUCUUCGUCAGAGAGUGCAAGAUACUGAAAAAGCAGAAGUGGGGAUAUUUUCGACACUUCUGGAACUUUCUGGAGUUGUCCAUCCUCCUGCUGUCCCUGACGACAGUGGCCAUGUACGUGGGGAGACAUCUGAUGACAACGUAUGCCAUAUCUAAAGUUACAAAACUAAGAGAUCGCUUCUACAACUUCCAGCGUCUGGCAAUGUGGGACGAACUGUUCACAUUUCUCUUAGCCUUCGUCAUAUUUGUCUCCAUGCUCAAAAUAAUCCACAUGCUUCGCUUCAACAAGAAGAUGUCCAUGUUGGCGGGGACACUGAAGAAGGCGACCCAGGAGCUGUCGGCGUUCUCCGUCGUCUUUGUCUGCUUCAUCAUCGCCUUCAUGUCCCUCGGGUUCCUCACCUUCGGGGCCAACGUGGAAGGCUACAGCAGUGUGUUGCUCUCCCUGGAGACUCUGCUCUCCUUCGCCCUGGGACACUACCAGUUUGAGGAGCUCUCCGUGGCCAAUAGGACAAUCGGACCUAUCUUCUUCUUCGCCUACAUCAUGUUCGUGGUUCUGCUGAUGCUGAACAUGUUCGUCACUAUCCUGAACGAUUCCUUUAGUGUGGUAAGAGCCAAGGUCAACAGUGAGCAGAAUGACUAUGAAAUGGUUUCCUUCAUGUGGGAAUGCUUCCGGUCGUGGAUUGAGCUCACUGGCCUUGUCCCAAAAGCAAAGGGCAAGUACUCUGAUAAGGAAGACUCUCUGAACGAUGACCAAAUGGAGGAUGACAAACCCAAGACGCUCCAAACAGCUAUGACGUCCGUUCACCAGAAACUGGACAACUUAGAGCGACGUCUGGACGAGAUGUCGGGGCGCCAGCCGUCCAGGAAGCUGCAGUUCAUGACCACCCGCCAGGACGUCGACUUUCUAGACAUGGACCUGGAUGAGUUCACGAGAAUCUUCCCCCAACUCACAAGGCUAAAAUAACCCCACGUCAAAGACCUUCCUCUGCUGCACAAAAUAGGCAGUGAUAUGUUUUUCAACUGUUUGUUUCUGCAUCCUUAGUCCAUGGAUGUUAAGUGAGACAUCAAUGUUAUGAUGAAAUACGUCUAAAUGUGUAGAAUAUGUAUUCAGAAGAGAGUGAUCAAAGGAUACAGUUGUAUAUUCGUGGAGGAGACGUACUUCGUUCUUUGUACAUGUAUGUCUGAAGUUACACAUCUUUAAUGUACUUUUUGUUUCCUUUGUAGAGUUUGUGGGUUCCCUAGAUACAACUAAAAGCAUCUUAAAACUACAUCCACCCCCUUUACAUUUAAGACAAGGACUGUCCUGUUUGAUUUCGGUUUUCAAAUUGAAUAAAGAGCCGGUCUGAAAAUCGAGUAAUUGUCUUGCAAAGAUUUAAUUGAUGAAAGUUGUUGAUAAUCACAUUAUCAUUGUGAAAACACUUAUCUCGGCCACGUCUAAGCGUUAUAUUUCUAAUAGGCUACUUAAAAAGUACUAACAACAGUAAAUAGUGGAGAUAGUUUACAUCAAUUAUUUUUUGUAGCAUGUAAUUGUUGAUAUAUUCUUUAUGUGAAUAAAUGUUUUAAUGUUAAUAAUUCAUAAUACACGUAUUCUUCACAAAGUAUGGUGAUUUGUGAAGUAGUAAUUCCAAGUUUGCUUGUGCCAGAAUGCCCACAGUAAAUCCGUCCAAUUAUAGUUUGUUGUGGUUAAACUGGGCUAAUAGUAUUGCCUCACCGGAACGUGUGUAUAAACGGCCAUCUGUUUUAUAAUAGUAUGUAGUAAGUUAAGAAAUUUACAAUAAUCAAUUGUUUUACUGUUAACUAUUAUUCAUACUGUUAUAACAUUGAUAUAUAUUUAAGAUAAUGUGUAUUUACGAUGUUAUUGUCAUAUCGUUGAAACUGUUACAUAGUGUACAGAUUACAAGAUAACCCAUAGCUGAACAAUUUACAAUAAAACAUUUUUUACAUGUUCCAAUAAAACAUGCAAUUGUACAUCAACAGCUAUACGAUAAAGCACACUACUGUAGAAAUUACAAUACCUAUGGCUUUACAGAUUCCAGUGUAUGCUGUAGAUGUACAGAUUAAAAUAAAAGCUAUAGUUGUAGCUUACGACUACCCCAUCUGUUUUGGGGCUCUGUAGCAAACUGA